UAAAGCAGCUGGCGUGACGAGUCGAGCGCCAUUUCCACGAAGCGGGAGGAGAGUCACGUCGCCGCGGGAGGGAGGAGGAGGAAAAAAAACGGGAAGCGGUACGGAACCGGAUGCUGGUUUGAGUGUAACAAAACCCAAUCCGGAUCCAUCCUGAUGGAUAUGGCCGUUAACCCGCUGAUUGACAGCUCCCACGGUGGGCUGGAUGUCGGCCUAGUGGGGCACACGGCACUGGACCAAAGUUCCGGCACAGCUGGAAAAAGGAUCCGGAAGCCGUCCCUGCUCUACGAGGGCUUUGAGAGCCCCGGGAUGCCCCCCCACAGCCAGACGCCGGCCCCCGGCCUCCCGCAGUCCCUGGUAAAAGACUCUGGCCGACGGGGUAAGAUGACCAACCAGCUGCAGUUCCUGCAGAAGGUCUUGCUCAAGUCGCUGUGGCGUCACCACUUUGCUUGGCCCUUCCACGAGCCCGUGGACGCCGUUAAGCUCAACUUGCCCGAUUAUCACAAGAUCAUCAAGAUCCCGAUGGACUUGGGCACCAUCAAGAGAAGGCUCGAGAGCAACUACUACUACACUGCCAGCGAAUGCAUGCAGGACUUCAACACCAUGUUUACCAACUGCUACAUUUACAACAAGCCGUCGGAUGACAUCGUUUUGAUGGCGCAAUCCCUGGAGAAGGCUUUUCUGCAGAAGGUGGCUCAGAUGCCCCCCGAGGAAGUGGAUCUGAGCCCCCCGCCUCAGCGCAGCAGAACUACCAAAGUGGGCAAGAGGGGCCGAGGAACUGCAGUCUCCGGCGGCAUCACCACUGCUCACCAGGUGCCCGCCGUUUCCCAGUCGGCUUACUCGCCGCCCACCCCGGAGACCCCCGACUCCAUCCUCUCCGUGCUACCGCAGACCAUCAUGGCCAAGAGCCUGGCCCUCAACCUGCCCAACGAGCACGGCAUCCCUGCCAUGACCGGCCUGCCUCCCACGCAACCCACGACCAAGAAAAAAGGCGUGAAGAGGAAAGCUGACACAACCACGCCGACUACGGUUGCCAUGCCCAUCAUGAGUUCCAUGGGCGUGAGCGGCAUGGGCUUGGGCCUGGGCAGAGGGCACGACUCCCCACUCAACCUCACCGCGCUUGGGGUGGAGCACGACUCCGGCCUGAACCUCGGCCAAGGUCUAAGCCUGAACCAGGGCCUGAGCCUCGGUCUGGGCCUGGGCCUCAACCAGGGUCUGGGCCUCAACCAGGGCCUGGGCAUGACCGCGGACCACGGGCAGGUCAUGCUGGGCGGCAAAGCGCCCGGCGGGUGCAGGAGAGGAGUGAGCGGGCGUCCCAUCAAGCCGCCCAAGAAGGACUUGCCCGACUCAAUCUUGCCGACACCGGUCCGCCGCAGCAAGCUGACUCCGCAGCUGCGCUAUUGCGGCGGCGUCCUGAAGGAGCUCCUAUCCAAGAAACACGCCGCCUACGCCUGGCCCUUCUACAAGCCCGUGGACGCGUCGUCGCUGGGUCUCCACGACUACCACGACAUCAUCAAGCAGCCCAUGGACCUCAGCACUAUCAAGAGGAAGAUGGACAGCAGAGAGUACAUCGACGCUCAGCAGUUCUCGGCGGACGUCAGGCUGAUGUUCUCAAACUGUUACAAGUACAACCCCCCCGAUCACGACGUGGUGGCCAUGGCUCGGAAGCUCCAGGACGUGUUUGAGUUCUGCUUUGCCAAGAUGCCCGACGAGCAGCCGGCGCCCCCCACCUCGUCCUCGUCCUCCUCGUCCUCGUCUUCGUCGUCGUCUGAGAGCGAACUGACCACAGAGGAGAGCGAGAGUGAGAGCAGCCCCAGCUCGGACUCCGAGGAGGAGCGAGCCAACCGCCUGGCCGAGCUUCAGGAGCAGGUAAGCGGGGGAAGAAUCAGGAAAACGAGCCCUACGGCCGCGUCGCCCCGCCGUUUUCUGACCCGACUGCCUCUCUCCUCCCAGCUGAAAGCCGUCCACGAGCAACUCACGGCCCUCUCUCAGGGCCCCAUCGUGAAGCCCAAGAAGAAGAAAGAGAAGAAGGACAAGAAGAAGAAGAGGAGGAAAUGCGAGAAGCACCAGAAAAUCGAAGAGGAGCUGCUCUCCCUCAGGCCGACCAAACCGCCCAAAACCACCAAAACACCAAAGAGCAAGAGCAACAAGGCAAUGGGCAUGAUGCCAAUCAAGAAGACCACCAGCAAGAAAAACAACAAGAGCAAGUCCAAAAAGGGAGGAGGCAUGAUGUUCAGCAUGCCGCCAGCCGUUGCGGAACCCGUAAUUCCUCACUUCGACUCCGACGAGGAGGAGGAGACGGCGCCCAUGUCGUACGACGAAAAGCGCCAGCUCAGCCUGGACAUCAACAAGCUACCCGGCGAGAAGUUGGGCCGCGUCGUCUACAUCAUCCAGUCGCGCGAGCCGUCCCUCCGAGACACCAACCCCGAGGAGAUCGAGAUCGACUUUGAGACGCUCAAGCCGUCCACGCUGCGAGAGCUCGAGCGUUACGUCAUGACCUGCCUGAGGAAGAAGCCGCGAAAGCCUUACGCCAUCAAGAACAGCGCAGGAAAGUCGCGGGAGGAGCUGGCGCUGGAGAAGCAACUCGAGCUGGAGAGAAGGCUCAUGGAUGUCAGCGGGCAGCUCAACUCUGGGAAGAAGCCCGCCAAAGCCAAGACGGAGAAACCAACCACCGAGUCUCAGCCGUCACGCCUGAGCGCCAGCAGCUCGUCGUCGGACUCGUCCUCAUCUUCCUCGUCCUCGUCAUCCUCCGACACCAGCGAAUCAGACUCUGGCUGAGAUGCAGACUUUUUUUGGGGGUGUUUCUUUUUUCCCCUCCCCCCUGGCCCUUAUUUUUAUUUUUCAUUUUAUUUUAUGAACAGGGUCUGUGACCCACCCCCCUUCUACCCCGGCAUGCCACUUCUCCGCCGCCCCGGACCAGAAAGGGCGGUCUGGCGGCUUCCCCGGGCCACACGAGUGAGGCCGAGGGUGACUGGUUUCGGGUCUGGCAAUGAGGCUGAGCUCAGGAUGGGGGAAGAAUCCGGGGAGGGGGAUGCGUUGCAUGUGUCUGGGGGGAGUUUUGGGGGGCUAGAGCCAGAGACAGUCUUACUUCUGGGGGUCAGUUUCCCCUUCUUACUGUGCUCGCUGUCUUGACGGUGUGUGUAGAUGUUCUGUACAGUUAUGGAACUUUUUUCUUUUAUAAAGAAGCAAUUUACUUCUUCCCCCUGUGGGAACCGUCAACUUUGUGUGUGUGUGUGUGUGUGUGUGUGUGUGUGCGCGCGCGCGCGUGUUGGCUUUUCAAAAGACGACGACUGCGUGCGGCCCGCCGAAGUUUAGAAGCUUUGACGCAGGCGUUGAAAAGUGGGCGUGCGCUCGCACGCUCGGCGCUCCACCCGUGUGAAGUGUUUUUAAG